CGUUGUUUUUUUCUUUGUAUGUGGGACAAUGAUGGAUUGAAUAGUCGAUAUUUUUCCUAUUUGUAGUCUGCUCUGGACUUUCCUUCUUCUAGAUUUCAUUGCAAUCUCCGCCACCUCUUAUUGAACGACGACGGCUUUGACUUUCUCUAACAACGCGUCUUUUGGAAUCGGAGGAAUAUGUUCCUCUCUGUGUUUGAUUUGUGGGUAUAAUAUGCUCUUUCUCUCUCUGGAACAUCGUCAAGUAAGUUGUAUCAAUCAAUCUUGUAAUCUGUGUCAGUAGGAAUAUACACCAAGUUGGUUGCUUUAGCUGAUUUGGUUGUCAGAUUUGUUGUUGUUUUCGUGAUUUGUGUGAGUUUGAUUGGAAUUGAUAUAUGGGUUUUGUAUGGUUUUGAUGAUUGUUGAACCUGUGAUGUCAAAGAGGCCUUUGAUCUUAGGAUUAUGGGUUCGAAACGCCCUCUUUUAAUUCCAUCUCCAAGAACUCCGGGUGCCCCAGAUUUGCCUGUAAUACCUGCCUUUUCUGAUUUACCCAAACCCAGUUCAAGCCACCCUGGAUCAGUUUCUGGGAUGGAUUCGAUAAACCCAAUUGAGAAUUCCCCAAGCAUUGAAGUUGCAUUCCGUAAUUCGUCCCAGAGAAGCAUUUCUUCGACUCAGUCCAAGGGUUCUUCGAAGGAAGUCAGUUUUACUGAUUUGGGAUCAAAACCAGUUAGGUAUGGAUCAAGGGGAGCUGAUUCUGAGGGGUUUAGCAUGUCACGGAAAGAGAUCAAUGAUGAGGAUGCUAGAUUAGUUCACUUAAAUGAUCCAGCAAAGACAGAUGAGAGGUUUGAGUUUGCUGGGAAUUCGAUUCGGACUGGAAAGUAUUCACUUCUUACCUUCUUGCCUAGGAACUUGUUUGAGCAGUUCCAUAGGGUUGCAUACAUAUAUUUCCUUGUGAUUGCUGUGCUUAAUCAGCUUCCCCAGCUUGCGGUCUUUGGUCGGGGAGCUUCAAUAUUGCCUCUCGCCCUUGUUCUUUUUGUUUCUGCAAUUAAGGAUGGAUAUGAGGACUGGAGGCGGCACAAGUCAGACAAAGUUGAGAACAACAGAUUAGCUUCUGUAUUGGUUAAUGGUCAGUUUCAAGAAAAGAAAUGGAAGGAUAUUCAAGUUGGUGAGAUAAUUAAAGUUCAUGCUAAUGAAACGCUUCCUUGUGAUAUGGUCCUGCUCUCAACUAGUGAUCCAACUGGGGUAGCAUAUGUGCAAACUCUAAAUUUGGAUGGGGAGUCCAAUUUGAAGACCCGAUAUGCAAAGCAAGAGACCCUCUCAAAGAUUCCUGAAAAGGAGAAUGUUAGUGGUUUAAUCAAGUGUGAGAAACCCAAUAGAAACAUAUAUGGGUUUCAGGCAAUCAUGGAAAUUGAUGAAAAACGGCUCUCGCUUGGACCCUCCAAUAUUGUUCUUCGAGGUUGUGAAAUCAAGAAUACUGCAUGGGCAUCGGGAGUUGCAGUAUAUUGUGGACGUGAGACCAAAGCUAUGCUGAACAACUCAGGUGCCCCAUCUAAGAGAAGCCGGCUUGAGACGCAUAUGAACUUCGAGAUAAUCAUACUCUCUCUGUUUCUUGUUACUUUAUGUACAGUUGUCUCUGUCUGUGCUGCUGUUUGGUUAAGGCGCCACCGGGAUGAGUUGGAUGUCAUACCCUUUUACCGAAGAAAGGACUACUCUGAGGAUGAACCAGAGAACUACAACUACUAUGGAUGGGGAAUGGAGAUAUUUUUCACCUUCCUCAUGUCUGUUAUUGUGUUCCAGAUAAUGAUCCCGAUCUCUUUGUAUAUUUCAAUGGAGCUUGUCCGGGUUGGUCAGGCUUACUUCAUGAUUCGAGAUACCCAAAUGUAUGACGAGUCGUCAAAUUCAAGGUUUCAGUGCAGGGCAUUGAAUAUAAAUGAAGAUUUAGGCCAAAUUAAGUACGUAUUCUCGGAUAAAACAGGCACUCUUACUGAAAAUAAGAUGGAGUUUCAGUGCGCAAGCAUUUGGGGUGUAGAUUAUAGUGGUGCUAAAGCCUAUUUACAGAAUGAGGAGGACAGAUAUGGUGUUGCAGUGGAUGAUAAGGUUUUGAAGCCAAAGAUGAAGGUAAAGGUUGAGCCCGAGCUUCUAAGAUUGUCAGGUAGUGGAAAGCACACUGAGGAAGGGAAACAUGUUCAUGAUUUCUUUCUUGCGUUGGCAGCUUGCAAUACAAUUGUGCCUCUUGUCACUGACACAUCUGAUCCAACCACAAAGUUAGUUGAUUACCAAGGGGAAUCACCUGAUGAACAAGCGUUGGCUUAUGCUGCUGCAGCAUAUGGCUAUAUGCUUAUAGAACGAACCUCUGGCCAUAUUGUUAUCGACAUUCAAGGCGAGAGGCAAAGGUUUAAUGUGUUGGGUUUGCAUGAGUUUGAUAGUGAUCGAAAAAGGAUGUCCGUUAUAUUGGGUUGCCCUGACAGAACUGUGAGAGUGUUUGUUAAAGGUGCUGACACUUCCAUGUUCAGUGUGAUGGAUAGAUCUUCAAACACCAAUGUCAUACGGUCAACAGAAGCUCAUCUUCAUGAUUUCUCCACACUUGGCUUGAGAACACUUGUGAUUGGUAUGCGUGAAUUAAAUGAUUCAGAAUUUGAGCAGUGGCGCACUUCCUUCGAGGCAGCAAGCACUGCUUUAAUUGGUAGGGCUGCUUUGCUUCGCAAGGUUGCAAGCAACAUCGAAAGUAAUCUUAGCAUACUGGGUGGUUCUGCUAUUGAAGAUAAACUCCAGCAAGGGGUUCCAGAGGCCAUAGAAUCUCUUAGAACAGCAGGAAUCAAAGUAUGGGUUUUGACUGGGGACAAGCAAGAAACUGCUAUAUCUAUUGGGUAUUCGUCAAAGCUCUUGACUAGAAAGAUGACCCAGAUAAUAAUUAAUAGCAACUCUAAGGAGUCAUGUAGAAAAAGUUUAGAAGAUGCCAUUGCCAUGUCUAGAAAGCUCUCGACUAUCAGUGGGAUAAUGCCCAACACCGAGGAGAGUUCCAGAGCUGCCGUAAGUCCAGUGGCCUUAAUUAUUGAUGGCACAAGCCUUGUAUAUAUUCUUGAUAGCGAACUUGAAGAACAGCUCUUCCAAUUAGCCCGCGAAUGUUCUGUGGUGCUUUGUUGCCGUGUGGCUCCAUUGCAGAAAGCUGGAAUUGUUGCCCUUGUAAAGAACAGGACUUCUGACAUGACACUUGCUAUUGGAGAUGGUGCAAAUGACGUUUCAAUGAUUCAAAUGGCUGAUGUGGGAGUUGGCAUCAGUGGCCAAGAGGGCCGCCAAGCUGUUAUGGCAUCAGAUUUUGCAAUGGGGCAGUUCAGAUUCUUAAUUCCGCUUUUGCUGGUCCAUGGGCAUUGGAAUUACCAGCGGAUGGGCUACAUGCUUUUAUACAAUUUUUAUCGGAAUGCAGUUUUUGUUCUUGUUUUAUUUUGGUACACACUCUUUACUUGUUUCACUUUGACGACUGCAAUUAAUGAGUGGAGCAGUAUGUUAUAUUCUAUAAUUUACACAUCAGUUCCUACCAUUGUCGUUGGUAUUCUUGACAAGGAUUUAAGUAGGAGGACACUUUUGAAACAUCCUCAACUUUAUGGUUCUGGACUGCGACAAGAGAGCUACAACUCUGGAUUGUUUUGGCUAACAAUGAUGGACACUUUGUGGCAAAGUGUGGCAGUCUUCUUCAUCCCACUUUUGGCAUACUGGCACAGCGACAUUGAUGCAUCAAGUAUAGGAGAUCUUUGGACCCUUGCUGUGGUUAUUUUGGUUAAUUUACAUUUGGCCGUGGAUGUCAACCAAUGGAACUGGAUUUCUCAUGCAGCCAUUUGGGGUUCCAUUGUUGCAACUUUUUUAUGCGUCAUCAUAAUUGAUGCUAUACCGUCUUUGGUUGGUUACUGGGCCAUUUUCGUUCUCCUAAAAAAGGGUUUAUUUUGGUUGUGCUUGCUUGCCAUCAUCGUCGCCGCGCUCACUCCCCGGUUUGUUGUAAAAGUUCUGUAUCAGUAUUUUACACCUUGUGAUAUUCAAAUUGCAAGAGAAGCUGAAAAGUUUGGGAAUCUGAGGCAGUCUGGAGUUGUAGAACUAGAAAUGAACCCUAUCUCGGAGCCCCCUCGGAGAUGACUGAAGAUUAUUUUAUUCCUUUUCGUGUCUCCAUUUUUACCUUUUUUGUAGAUUAUCAUAUUCUUUAGGCUUCUUUAGAGUACAGCUCUCGGUUGCCGGAUUUUUCCUUGUUGUCUACUAUCCAAAGGGUAGAUUCAUACGCUUGUAUUUUGCAUCGUUUUCAACCCCCAGACUCCAUGUAAAUUAUCAAUCUUUACAGGAAAAUGAAUCAAAUUAUGCCUUGUAUCUUA